AUGUCCUACAGUAGCGAGACGCCGCACGUCUGGAGUUCUUCAGGCAGCGAAGUGUCCCCAUACGGACCCCUGUGGGACGCUCCACCUGCAUCGGUACCGUAUCCAGACAUCCUGGCCUUUCCACCCGCCGACCUUGUGUGGUCGGCAGCGGGAUGUGGCCGCGGGGCUCGGUCUACUCCCGGCGGCAAGAAGCCGCGGCGGCGAGUCGCCUCCGUCGCUCAGCGGCGCGCCGCAAACAUUCGUGAACGACGCAGAAUGUUUAACCUGAAUGAAGCUUUUGAUAAAUUGCGGCGAAAGGUACCGACGUUUGCGUAUGAGAAACGAUUGUCUCGUAUAGAGACACUGCGGUUGGCUAUCACCUAUAUAAGCUUUAUGUGUGAGCUGCUCCAUGGGUCCCCGCAACCACAUCACUCCCACUCCACACUACAUCCUCCGAGACACGUCUUUGACUCUGAUGUCACUUGGUGCGCAUAAUCUCCUCAUCGAGUAUUUUAACAUCGAUAGAAUCGAAAACCCAUUAACGUAUUAUCAGGACUAUCUUGGAGUGUAUAUUGGUUUGAUUUUGAUUUAAUUGAAAAACUUAAACUGAUCAAGAUGUUAGAUGGUGUUUGGUGAUUAGUUAACCGUGUGGUUGGCAGGUUUUGAAAAGUGAAAUCUAGUCAUUGAAUAAUUAAGGAUGCAGGAAUAGAAUAGAAAGGGUUCCAAUUACUCAUGUAAUUAUC